AUGAGAAAUACUGUCAUCUGUUACAAGCUCUCCAACAUCCUAGAGGCCCCUGAGACCACCAAGGCCCUGAUGCUGACCGACGGCACCAUCGUGUCCGUGGACCGCCACUUCCUGUCUGACAUGUCCAGCAUGACCGUGCUGUCCCUCAGCCACAACGCCAUCACCACCAUCACCCACGACGCCUUCCAGAACCUCACCGUCCUCCACACCCUCCUCCUGGACCACAACCACCUCUCCAGCCAGGCCCUGGGGAAGGACACUUUUUCCUGGCUGCCCAGGUUGGAGAUCCUGAAGCUUGGGAACAAUGCCCUCGGGGAUGUCAACGGCUCCUGGUUCCAUGCCACCGGGGCCCUGCGGACGCUGCAGCUGGAAGGGAACCGCCUCUCCAGGCUGGACGCCACCACCUUUGCCUUGGCAGACCUCCAGGGGCUGGAGACCUUGGAUCUGUCCGAUAAUCUGAUCACCUAUCUGGGGAAGGAUAGCUUCCGGGGCAUGCUGGGGCUGCGUAGUCUGGAUCUGUCCAGGAAUCAGCUCCGGAGCGCCCCGCCAGAGGUGUUUUCGUACCUAUCGUGGAUGUCUAGUCUGAACCUGGAACUAAACUGGUGGAACUGUACAUGUGAGCUGAGGAAGCUGGCGUCUUUCCUCACCAGCUAUAUGGAGGCUCCGGAUAAGGUACUGUUCAACGGGCGUAGGAUGGUGUGUGUGAGUGCUGACAACCCGGCAGUGAAGACUGUGCUGGAGCUGACAGAGGCCAACUGUGUUCCAACAAAUCAGAACAUCACAGUGCAGGUUGAGGCUAAGAACGCUAUCUCCUCUCAGCGUUAUACCAGAGACCUGGCUCUGGCUGCAGCCUUCUGCUUUGCUGGUGGCGUUGGACUCACCCUAGCUGUGGUGUACAUCGUUUACUGCAAACUGGGGAUGAACAAGAGCCUGAAGGUCUUGAGAGACAGGACUGGAGCUGAGGAGGAUGAGAAUGGGAGGACAGCUCCCACCCAAACAGUCACCCAGUGGGAUCUGAGCAGGGAGAAUGAGGCUCUACGUAUGGCUCAAAUGGGACUGGAAACCAAGUUGAUCAUUCCCAAUAGCCACCUUCAGCCUUGGGACAGGGAGAGAGACAUUUUUGACCUGAGAAUAGGCAAAGAUGGUGGCCAUUUUACAUGCCCCCAUUGUGGCCCUGCAGUCAGUGGGUCUGCAAUGGAACAGGGGGUAGGAGAAGGACACUUGGGGGCAGCCCUGCACAUGGUCAGACAAGGAGGCCAGCCCAAAAAGAUGGAGAGUCUGGCCAUGACAGAGGAGAGCGAUGAGAGGAAGAGACAUGUGCCCCAACAAACACUGAUAUCAAAGACAGAAGAUCUAAGCGGUCAAAGGUCAUUGGUCGGGCCACCACAGGGUCAGAGCAACCAUAUUCUUAGUCAGGAGGAGUUACUCUAUCACCAGCAGAGUUUAAAUAUAAAAAGCCAUGAUGGUUCUAAUGGCAACAACCAGCUAUUGGGUGGCAGGAGUUACUAUUCACCUGCACAUGGAAACAUGCCUACACAUGGAAACAUGCCUACACAUACAAGUCUAAAAGAUGAGAUGGUAAGACCUGGAAAUCACAUAGGCCUUGACAACAGACCGUCAAAAAUGGACUUCCAAUCAGAGCAUGGUAGAACUGUACCUGACUGUCAACACCAAACCGUCAGCUGUGUGAACUGUUACAGAACCUAUGAGUAUGGACAGCCAGGGGAGAAAGUCAGAGAUGUAUUGUAUGACAUCAGUGCAAGAGAAUCUGCUGGGUUUGAUGGUUCUCCCAACCACAACCCACUUACAAGGCUAAACAACCGAAGGAGCAUGAACUGCAACCAGUCUAAUAUGGAUAUCUAUGCAAGCAAGCAGAGGAGUGUGACUUUUGACUUGGAAAGAUCUGGAGUGCAUGUCGUUGAUGUACAAAGGAUGAACCAUGACAGGGAAGAUAAACAUGACAGGAUUAAAAGUUCUAGGAAAGUGGAAAAUGGUGAUAAACAGAUCCUGAGCUAUGAAAGCAUUGGACGAUCUGUGAGGAGUAAUGGUCUUAAAAGAGAGGACCUCUCCAAAAGGCAUAAACAUAAAGCCCAGUCAGAUGGUUUACUAAAAGUGAAGCUCAACCUUAACCCUCUUAAGAAAAGCAAGGUCCAUCCAAGGAAAAACAGCCACAAGAGACUAGAACAGGGCGAUAGAGAAAGAACUGACUCCAAGAACCGAAAACAACUGCAAAUGACGGGUAAAGAUACCAAAGAGUCUAAAGAAAAAACAGACAAAUCCAAUAAAGGAAACUCGUCUCACAAAAACAAAGCUAAUCAGUCAUCCAAAAAGAAAUCUACCACCAGCAACUCUAAAGAAACUGAUGAUAAUGAAGAUCAAGAGGAAGAAGAUCUAGUGCCACAGGAAAACAAUGCAUCCUCCAAGCAAAAAAAGACUAACUCAAAAUCAAAACAUCAGGAGGGCUCGAAUAGUGACCAUUCCAAGAAGAGUAGAGCUGAUCCAGAUCAGAAAAUUGACGUCACACAAAAUAAAACUGGAGGAGAAACAGAGGUCUCUGGUGGAGCACCUAUACCAAGUAAUGUGAGUCCUUACCAGUCAUACAUCAAUGGAGCGGGUGGGAGUUCAGCCAAUGGGCAACAGGUGGAACAAUACAGAAAUGGACAGGGCCAAGCACCGAUCCCUGAGGUGCCCCAACACCCCGGUUACCUAGGCGAUGGAGUGACUCUUCAGAGGACAUUGAGUAGCCCACAACUGUCAGCAGCAAAGCCCCUCAAAGGAAUGGAAAGGACUUCCAGUUACAGUAACCUUGCUGUCCAGGGAGGAAACUCUAUACUAUUACAAAACACUGUUGCACCAAACACCAUUUAUGGUGGCAACUCACAGGCUCAAAGUCUGAGUAGAGGCAGUUUAGGUCCGCCAUCUUUACUGACUAACAUCCCACCCACAUCCCCACUACAUACAGACAAUGCAAGGAGCUCACCUGUAAAUCCACUGAUUCAGCUGUUGUCACAGUCAAUUCGAGGCAACUCCAACCAGGGGGCCAUGAUUAGCUCUCAGCCAGCCCAGUUUCCAGUAACCCAAAGAGUGAGAGAUCUCACUCUGCUUGCUCAGGGUCCUGGAUCACUAAAUGGACAGAAUAUCUCUCAGCUUGCCCAGGGUCCUGGAUCACUAAAUGGGCAGAAUAUCUCUCAGCUUGUCCAGGAUCCUGGAUCACUAAAUGGGCAGAAUAUGUCUCAUCUUGCCCAGGGUCCUGGAUCACUAAAUGGGCAGAAUAUCUCUCAGCUUGUCCAGGAUCCUGGAUCACUAAAUGGGCAGAAUAUGUCUCAGCUUGCCCAGGAUCCUGGAUCCCUAAAUGGCCAGAAUAUCUCUCAGCUUGCCCAGGAUCCUGGAUCACUAAAUGGGCAGAAUAUGUCUCAGCUUGCUCAGGGUCCUGGAUCACUAAAUGGGCAAAAUAUCUCUCAGCUUGCCCAGGAUCCUGGAUCACUAAAUGGGCAGAAUAUCUCUCAGCUUGCCCAGGAUCCUGGAUCACUAAAUGGGCAGAAUAUCUCUCAGCUUGCCCAGGAUCCUGGAUCACUAAAUGGGCAGAAUAUCUCUCAGCUUGCCCAGGAUCCUGGAUCACUAAAUGGGCAGAAUAUCUCUCAGCUUGCCCAGGAUCCUGGAUCACUAAAUGGGCAGAAUAUCUCUCAGCUUGCCCAGGAUCCUGGAUCACUAAAUGGGCAGAAUAUCUCUCAGCUUGCCCAGGAUCCUGGAUCACUAAAUGGGCAGAAUAUCUCUCAGCUUGCUCAGGAUCCUGGAUCACUAAAUGGGAAAAAUAUCUCUCAGCUUCCCCAGGAUCCUGGAUCACUAAAUGGACAGAAUAUGUCUCAGCUUGAUCAGGGUUCUAGUUCAGGUCCAGGCUCACUAAAUGUAGAGAGUCUCUCCAACAACAACGGUAUGAACCCCGCAGUUGCCCCUGUUCUACAGGAGUACCUGUCCUCAGCAGAAGGCUCACCCAGAAGGAUUAGACUGGUGCUGCCUGAGAGAACCACUAACAGAUCGCCAACUGCUCUGGAGAGGAAAAUCCGAUAAUAAGUGGAUUUGAAUUGUCCAAUUGGAUUUUCUUAUGGACUCAAAAAAGAAUGACUCAAAAAUAACACUUAAUCUUAAUGCUCAAGUGAACUUAAAAUGAUCCUGUCUAUGUCAGUCCUAAGCAUCUCUCUUCAUAACGUACAUGGAACUCAACCUGUCUUCCUAUUGUUAAUACCUGACUCAAAGCGUUCUAAACUAUUUCAUGUUUGUCAAGUGUGUGGCUUGGUAGGUAGGUGACUUACUUGUAUUUUUAUAAAGUCAAUUUAGCACAGGUUUGGGUUACAGUUGGCGCAGGGUAGACAUGUGGCAGUAUGGGUUUAGUUUGAAACCCCGACUGACCCCUAAUUGCACUCCAUUGGGUUUAGGCUUACACAAGUUGACACUUCAUUAUAAGGCUCUGCAUUAGAGCAAUGGGCUCUAAUUUCAGGUAAACUAUGAAUGAGUAGAACAAUGUGGUGAAGUUUAUGGAAUACAAAUUCUAAAUGUUGACCUAGUAACCUCUCAGCCUUGGUUGUGUGUAAAUAAUGAAAAAAGCAGUCUGCUGUUUUUACCAGCUUGCACCUGAGCCUAAAACUGUAACGACAAGAGUCACUUACACCAUUGUUUACUUGGCCCACUAAUAAGGCCUAGAUUCAAUCAGAUCAAGCGUUAACUGGCGAUAUACAACACCCGAAGCCCGCAUAACUGAUGUUGUGGGGGAAACGCUCUUUUCACUGCACUUCGAUACCGAAGUGAGUUUUUCGUAGCAGUUUAGGAAGAUUAAUGUAGCAGGUUAAGAGAUAUUUUGUCGGUGUCGGAGGAGUAACUGUGUUGGAGCUGUCAAAUCGGUGAGCAGCUGCACUUGAUCAUUGUCACGAAGCUACACCCAUUCCACUCGCGUUAGAAGUUCAGAACGAGAAAGUGUAUAUAUGGUUGAUUUUACAAAUACAGGCACUUUUGGAUGUUAAAUGUUUUUGAAAAUGAAACCACUUGAAACUGAUUUUUAUCUAUCUGAAUAUUUACUUCACUCUGUCUGGAAACAAGAUCAAAUAGUGGCUGAGACCACACUAUUCAAUGUCAUUACUAACUUGCCAUAAAAUGUGCUAUUUUAGUUGAAAAGGAAAUUGCAGUAAUUGUUCCUAAGGUAUUUCUAUAACAGUCAGUUUUUAAAAAACGAUUUUUGAAGUUUUCUUAAUUAUAUACAUUCGUCAUUGUCAUGUCUAAAUGUCCAUAUAUGCCUUAAUGAUACUCACAUGUAUUCACUACAUCAAAAUCAGAAUAUUUGACAUAAUUUCUAAAAUAAUCUUAAGAACAAGCAUAUAAGGUUCACUUUUGGGAAAAAUCAUCAAUAUCAAUUGUAAUUUAAUACACCUUUUCCUCAAAAAUAUGUACCGUGAUGGUAAUGACUUAGUAUUGUGGUAAUGACAGAGUGUGAUGGAAAUGACAUUUCAUAUAAAACAACUGAUUAAAAAAAUUACCAUUAAACAUUUUAAUAUCACAGUUGUACAUGUUUAAUUUGAUUGAAGACAUAGAACACACCAUUCAAAACCUCAAAACACAAAGGUUA